CGGCGGCACGGAACGGUCACACUGCACGGGGACUGCCGAAAACAGCUGAUCGGUGUCUGUUUUUUAUUGUGAAAAAGAGCAAUAGUAAUCGUUGUGAAAUAGAGAAUGAUUGCUACUCUGAGCACAGCCACCCAGUGAGACGACACCCGCAACCGCAGCACGAUGCGCGAGCCCAAUCUGUACGUGAUCCUGUCGCACGCGCUAAUCGGCUCCGGCUUCUUCUUCCUGUACGUGCAGCAUGUGCGCGUGAUCUUCGAGACGCGCACCAACAUCCAGCAGCUCAACCAGCUGGAGCGGGAGGCGCUCCUGCGGCGCGAGGAUGCACUGUACUACGCCUUCUACAAGCGGCUGGCCGAUGGCCCGGACUUCUGGCACGGCUACGAGCAACUGAAGAACGUCACGGACAUCGAGUAUCCGAACAGCGUUAAUGUGCUGCAGCGCUUCUACGUGCUGCCGGAGUUGGUCACGGCUUACUUCUUCCACGUGGUGCGCUCCGGCUUCAAUCCCAUGGUGCAGCCCAUGCAGUUCUACCUGGAGUUCGUGUGGCUCAUGGGCGGGGUGACCCUGCUGGUCCUCUAUCUGUACGGGACGCUGCUCAGCGAGAACGUGUUCGGCGGCAUAUACGGCGUGAUCUCGUACCUGAUGUUUCACAGCUUCGUGGCCAAGAUCUACGAGCGGCCCCUGGCGCGGGAGAACUUUGCCUUCCCGUUCAUCUUCCUGCAGAUGUUCUACCUAUGCAUCUGCAUCGGGAGGAUCAUACAUCGACAGCGGCAUACCUCGCGCCUCUUCAUGAUCUUCGCCAUGUCGCUGUUCACCGCCUGCGCCCUGCUGUCCUGGCAGUUCUCCACCUUCAUCUUCACCACCCAGAUCCUGAUCGUGAUGACGUCCUGGAACGUAAGCGCCCUGCCCACAGGUCUGGCCAACGCCUUCGCGCUGGACUAUUCGCUGUCACACCUGCUGGGCCACGCGCUGGCCUUUGUGAUGUCGCACGGCAACAGCCAGCUGCUCUUCACCUGGCAGCUGAGCGUCUCGCUGUCACUAUUCCUGAUAACCGUGGUGCGACAACUGCGCCAGGUGCGGAGCCGGCGGCUGGGACACGCCCACGAUCCGCUGCAGGGCGACUACUUCUCGCUUAAGUUCAUCCUGCUGGCGCAGCUCUUCGCCAGCAGCAUGCAGACCAAGCUGUUGGAACUGCUUAGCCGUGCGGGCGUGGUUAGUGUGCCGGAUGGCGCUCACACGCACUACUGUGAUCUGUGGGCCCAUUGGGCUCUGCAGGUCAACGUGGGCUUCGUGGCCCAACUCUCCGCCUGCAACCCUCUGUACGAGCGCAUCGCCUGGUCGGAACUGUGGCAGCUGGUCAAGACGAUGAUCGUGAAACCAUACUGCAUGUACGGCGUGGUCAUGCUGGCCAUGUUCUUCCGCCGCUGGCGCAAGAGCGGCGCCCCGGCCACCGCCGCCAGUGAGGAGCAGCGCGAGCGAGCUCGGAACUACGUGCUGGAGGACUUCCUCGAGGAGCACCGCGUCUCCAUGGGCGACAUGUCCAACCGUCAGACGGAGCAGCAGUUGCAGCAGUGCUUCCGUUUGCUCGAGAGCUGCGACCACGACUACGAGCGCUACAAACGCGCCCAGGCCCGCCUGCGUAAGGAGCAACCGCCCGCUCGCGACGACUUCAUGCAGGACAUCCGGCGGCUGCGGGCGCAGAUUCACCGCAACAGCGACAAGCAGCGGAAGGAACGUGCUCAGGGAACCAAAGAGGCACCUGGAGACGGGACUAGCCUGCCAACCGAGGGGGAUAAGCGCCCGGAACCGCAGGAAGAGGAGGAGGAAGAGGAGCAGGAGUCAGGCAGCCCAGAAGCCGAACCAGAGUCCGCGACAGAUCCCACUGAAACGCUGCCGUCCAAGUCCCCCGGCCAAGAGGAGGGAGAGCCUUCCGCUGGCUGCACCUCCACCGGCAAACGACGCCCGAAGCGCAGCUCCUCCAGGCGCAGCUCCGUGGUGCCCACGGCCAACGCGCAAAUCCUCAACCUGCACUACAUGUACAGCUUCCUUCAAAUGCUAGUCUUCACCGUAAUCGGACUCGCCGUGCGCAAACUCUUCUUCCUCAGCUUCACGCAGGGCUGCGUCAUUGCGCCCACUGUCUGCUCCAAGGUGUGGUACCACCGCCAGCGCAACAUCUUCUGGUCGGUCUCUCUGGCCGUCUUCCUGCUCAGCAUGUUUGAUCCGGGCAUGGUGAACAUUCGGGAGGAGUACUUCCCCACGCGCUACACCCAGAGCGGCGACGACCUGGACAGCAUGCUCGAGUGGAUCAAGCUGAACACGGAACGGGAUGCUGUCUUUGCCGGUCCCGUGGAGAUCAUUGGCACCGUGCACCUCACCACCAAGCGACCCAUAGUCAACCAUGCGCACCUCGAGAUGCGUCAGAUGGCGGACCGCACGGAGCACGUGUACUCGGUCUACAGUCGCCAGCAGUCGUCGGAUAUCUAUAACCAGUGCGCUCAGCUGAAGAUCCAGUACUUGAUCAUAUCGCUGGACGAGUGCACCAACGAAGUGCGCGACGAUUGCGACCUGCUGUCCAUUUGGGAUGACAAGCAGCCGGCGUACCAGAAGUACCCGCAGUUUUGCCACGAGCUGCUCCACAAGAAUGUGCCCAGCUUCCUGAAGGUGUACGCCAACGACCACUACGGCAUCAUCAAGAUGUUCUCGCAGAGCGUCCAGAUCAACCUCAAGCACAACAAGAUGCCCGAGAUGUCCAUAUAGGAGUAGUCGGAGGCGGGAUGGUGGGAUGGGGAGUCGACUGUGUUGUGUUGUACGUAGCUGCGUGAGCUGUGUGACUAGGGAUUAGCAUUUUACGAUGUGUGUGUAUUAUGAUUACGUUUAGUAUUGCUGCGGCUUGCUCGCGGGCAAGACCGAGCCUCCCACUCCUCGUUGCCCCUUCGCCUCCCCCUUCCGCGUUCCGUUCCGCCUGCAGAUAGAAGGAGGCCUCUUCCGCUAGAUAGUAAACUGGAUGCAUUUAGCAGCUUGACUCGUUUCUGUCCGCUCAGCGCCGUUGCGUUCAGACCUCGUUUGGAUCAUUCCCCGCGCCCCUCGCAUUCGAAUAAGUUAAUCUAGCCGUACGGACCGACUCUAAACUCUAAAUACUUUCGUUAAGUUUAAGCUAAGCUUUUUACAUUUACGUAGUACAUGUGUAUAUGACGUUUGGUCAGAGAAGAGAGUGGAUGAAGUGCCCCCGAAAUCCACGAUCCCAGACCUAAGAACAGGCAAAGCGCAUUUGCCAGGCAAUAAGUGAAAUAAAACGAUAAAGUUGAAACAAUA